GGGGGGGUGGGGGGGUGAGAACCAUUACAGGCAUGAAUAGACCAUCAAGAGCAGUAGAGGGGACAAAGGACCAAGCCAAUGAGUUAAACCAGUUUUUUAAUAGGUUUGACUCAACAACGCUGACUGAACGCCUCUUCCUCUCCACUUCCUCAAGUAGCUCAACCCAGGUUAUCCCCCCCGCCCCCUCCCCUCCAACUCAGGCUCCUCCCUCCACAGCCUUUCCAUCACCCACCCCCCUCCCUUCUUUGCCCUCCACUCCACUGCCCCUCCAAUUCCCCUCCCCUCCACUCCACUCUCCAUUCCCUUGACACUCCACUCCCCCAUAUCCUCCACCCCGGACUUCAAAACCAGCCAGGUGAGAUGGCAGCUCACCAAAACCCCGAUCAACAAGGCCAGAGUACCCGACGACAUCCACCUGAGGGUCCUCAAGGUAUGUGCAGAGCAGCUGGCAGGAGUGUCCCGGCAUCUGCCGAAGAUCUGGAAGACUUCCUGCAUUGUCCCUGUCCCCAAAAAGGGACGUUCCAGCGACCUCUCCAACUUCAGGCCUGUGGCACUAAUGUCUCAUGUAAUGAAGACUUUCGAGAGACUGGUUCUGCAGCACCUUAGGCCCCUGGUAUGCGACUGCCUGGACCCUCUGCAGUUUGUGUACCAGGCUGACAGCGUGGAUGACGCCAUCAUCUACCUGCUUCACAGUGCCUACACCCACCUGGAGAAGCCACACAGCACUGUGAGGAUCAUGUUCUUCGAUUUCUCCAGUGCUUUUGACACCGUUCAGCCUCUCAGGUUGGCUGAGAAGCUCUCCGUGAUGCAGGUGGAUCAGGACCUGGUGGCCUGGAUCACUGACUACCUCACUGACAGGCCGCAGUAUGUCAGGCUACAUGGCUGCCAGUCAGACGUCGUGGUGAGCAACACUGGCACACCCCAGGGAACUGUACUGUCACCAUUUCUCUUCACACGCUACACUUCUGACUUUUGCUUCGACUCUGAAUGAGCCACCUCCAGAAGUUCUCAGAUGACUCCUCCAUCAUCGGCUGUAUCGCAGAUGACCGAGAGGAGGAGUACAGAGACUUGAUUGAGAGCUUCAUCGGAUGGUGUGACAUCCACCACCUCCAGCUCAGCACAGGAAAAACCAAGGAGCUGGUGGUGGACUUCAGACGCAGCAAGAGGCCCCACACCCCUGUUGUAAUAAGGGGUGAAGGGGUAGAGAUGGUGGACACCUAUCAGUUCCUGGGGGUGCACCUCAACAAUAAACUGGACUGGACAGACAACACAGAGGCCCUCUACAGGAAAGGACAGAGCAGGCUGUUCUUCCUGAGGAGGCUCAGGUCCUUCAAUGUGUGCACCAGGCUGCUACGGAUGUUCUACCAGUCUGUGGUGGCCAGUGUCAUCUUCUUUGCUGGGGUGUGCUGGGGAGGUGGCAUCGGGACUUGUGGCGCCAACAAACUGGGCAAGCUGGUGAAGAAGGCCAGCUCGGUGGUGGGGAUGGAACUGGAUGGUGUGGAGGUUGUAGGUCCAAAUUUUGCCUAUUACCUGAAGACACUUAACAUAGAAACAGAUACUCACAUAUUCAAUUGGAGAAAGAAAAAUAAGACACCAGCCGUGAGUGAGAAGCAGCAAGGGUCCAGGUUUAUUCGUUCCGUUCCACCACACGAGAUCCACACAGUUUGAGACGUCCCAAAAUGCGAUCUGACACCCGGAGCUGAAGCUCCCUUAUUUAUACAGUGUUCUACACCAAAAGAGCCUUCCCAUAAUACCAUUAGGUUUUAGAAAGAGCCUUCCCAGAAUACCAUUAGGUUUUAGAAAGAGCCUUCCCAUAAUACCAAUAUGUACGCGACUCAACAUUUUGGAGAGACCUUGGUCUCACGGUGUCCGCUGUUCCCAUAGACGGUUAUUUUGCGACUCUAGCCAUUCCCAUGGACAGUUAUCUACCAGGUGUAGCCCAGCUCCAAUACCCUUAUAAUUUGCCCGUCACAUUUCAUCCUUAAAAAAUAACCUGUGUCAAUGUCAGUCCUGACUGGUCUAUCAUGAGCAGAGGAUUCUUCACACCUUCACACACUUAUGAGUCUUCCUCGUGUUUAUUUCUUGUGUUUUUCAUAUACAACAAGGUGGUGACUGAGAGGAGGAUGAGAAGGAAGCUGA